GUUGCUUGCUCGGUUCUGCUAGUCUGCUCGCAGCAGCAGCACAGCACAGUAGCAAGGCUAAGCUAGGCCACUGCGGGAAAGAUGGCGACGGAAAAACAGAAACAUGAAGGCAGAGUGAAAAUUGGACACUAUAUUCUUGGAGACACACUUGGAGUGGGGACGUUCGGGAAAGUUAAAGUGGGGCAGCAUGAGCUGACCAAACACCAGGUGGCUGUGAAGAUCCUGAACAGACAGAAGAUCCGCAGUCUGGAUGUGGUGGGGAAGAUCCGUAGAGAGAUCCAGAACCUCAAGCUCUUCAGGCAUCCACACAUCAUUAAGCUGUACCAGGUGAUCAGCACCCCAACAGACAUCUUCAUGGUGAUGGAGUAUGUGUCCGGAGGAGAGCUCUUUGACUACAUCUGCAAAAAUGGAAAGUUGGAUGAGAAGGAGAGCCGUCGUUUGUUCCAGCAGAUCAUCUCCGCAGUAGACUACUGCCACAGACACAUGGUGGUGCACAGAGACCUGAAGCCUGAGAACGUCCUGCUGGAUGCACAGAUGAACGCCAAGAUCGCUGACUUUGGUUUGUCAAACAUGAUGUCGGACGGAGAGUUUCUGAGGACGAGUUGUGGUUCUCCGAACUACGCUGCCCCUGAAGUCAUCUCUGGAAGGUUAUAUGCAGGUCCUGAGGUGGACAUCUGGAGCAGUGGGGUGAUCCUGUAUGCCCUGCUGUGUGGGACGCUGCCCUUCGAUGACGACCAUGUGCCAACGCUCUUCAAGAAGAUCUGUGACGGGAUCUUCUUCACGCCUCAGUACCUGAACCCCUCCGUCAUCGCCCUGCUCAAACACAUGCUGCAGGUGGAUCCCAUGAAGAGAGCCACCAUCAAAGAGAUCCGAGAGGAUGAAUGGUUCAAAGAGGAGCUCCCCAAGUACUUGUUCCCAGAGGACCCGUCCUACAGCAACAACAUGAUUGACGACGAGGCCCUGAAGGAGGUGUGUGAGAAGUUUGAGUGCACUGAGGAGGAAAUCCUGACCUGCUUGUACAGCCGCAACCACCAUGACCCCCUGGCUGUGGCCUACCACCUCAUCAUCGACAACCGCCGCAUCAUGUCCGAGGCCAAAGACUUCUACCUGGCUUCCAGUCCCCCAGACUCCUUCCUGGAGGAUCAGCACCUGACCGCCUCCGCCGCGGCCGCCGCAGGCCUUAAGCCCCACCCCGAGCGCAUGCAGCCGUUCCUGGCAGCGGAGACCCCUCCCAGGCCGAGGCAUACGCUGGACGAACUAAACCCCCAGAAAUCGAAGCACCAAGGGGUGAGGCGGGCUAAGUGGCACCUGGGGAUCAGGAGCCAGAGCAGGCCCAGUGAUAUUAUGUCUGAGGUGUGCCGGGCCAUGAAGCAGCUGGACUACGAGUGGAAGGUGGUGAAUCCGUACUACCUGCGUGUAAAGAGGAAGAACCCAGUGACUGGCAUGCAGACCAAGAUGAGCCUUCAGCUCUACCAGGUGGACAGCAGGACCUACCUCCUGGACUUCCGUAGCAUAGACAAUGACAUGUUGGAGGCUAAAUCUGGGACUGCCACUCCUCACCGGUCUGGGUCUUUGGGAAACUACCGCACGGCACUUAAGAACGACACUGCUGCAGAGGGGGGGUCCCAAACCGAGGGGACUAAGGAGGAUGCUACCCCGACCCCUGCCACCUCCAUCCCUCCCACCCCCACCAAGGCUUCGGAGAGCUCCCUGACCUCCUCGCUCACCUCCUCUGUCGACUCAACGGGAGGCGACCUCGCCCUGACGACAGCGUACCCGCGGCCCGGCAGCCACACCAUAGAGUUCUUUGAGAUGUGCGCCAAUCUCAUCAAGCUACUUGCACGAUAGCUCACAAUCAAGUCAAAACGUUCGCCUUUUUUUUCUCUCUGAGUGUCUUUAUAAGCAAUAAGCAUGCAACCGAUUCAUGGCUCGGUUCAUCCCCACCAUGGGCGGGGGAACUGGCUAGGGUUGUUCCAUGGCACUGAUGAUGCAGGUUCAGUUCGCACCUACCCUGACUCACUUGGGGGUUGUUGUCAGAGCAGAGGGGUGGGGUGUAGGGAAAGGUGAAUGACAAUGACCAAGCCACUUUAUUAUAUUCAUGAUGACAGAAUACUAUUUUAGAGAUGGUUUUAUAUUUUCACGAUCAUUAUAAUUGGCAGACGAUGAUUUCUUCCCCCUCUUAGAUCACAUUCCACCCAUAUAUAUAUAUAUAUAUAUAUAUAUAUGCUAAGUCUGAGUGAUACACUGAAUUUGCUUUACUGUACUCAGUGGGCUUUGCUGUCCUUUUUUUCAGUAGAGAAAACAAAAGCAAAUGACCCUGUAUCUUUCUCUCUCGAUCGCAUCAGGGUGGAAAAAGGAGUUGGUACUUAAUCCACAUUUUUGUUUAGCUGUUUUGUUGUUAAUUGAAUUAAGUUUUAAGACUAGAUGUCCAUGUUCUUUGUCAUUGUUGUAAAAAAAAAAAAAAAAUGCUUGUAUGGAUUUAUUUGUCCUCUACAUUUUUAUAUAUAUAAAUAAAAAACAUGCAUUUGGAUAUAUUUAUCAGUGCUUUAAGUGGGAAUUGUAGAUUAUAUUGAGAUAAAUAAUUAUGGACUGAAUUAUUUUUCUUUAUUUUUUGCAUACGACUAUAUUGCUGGAUGACAUUUUAUUCCUUUUACUGCUUUCUUAAAUCAAUAUCAGUUUUUUUAAAAAUCAGUUAUUCUAUACACAUUGUUUUUCCUCACUCUCUCCCAAGAGUUCUUUGCCAUGCUAGUCAAAAUGAGACGUACCUAUACUUAAUUCAAAUAUACCAUUUUGUUUUUUUCAUUUUACCAAUUUAUCUUUAAGAGGUUGAGGGCUAUAUGCAUUCAUAAAUGUGUCUUGACUGAGUGACAUGCCUUUUAGCAGGAUUUGACCAACAUUCAGUUUGUACACAUGCCUAUCCAUCAGUUACACAUUGAGAGAUUGGGACCAUUGUGAGUGGUGAUGUGCAGCAAGUACAUGUGCAUGGACAAUGUAAAUUGAUGAAGGAAACAAUCACAACAACAAAAAUCACUAUUUCACUUUUCUUGCCCCC